CGCCCUUGGUCGACUUCCGGCUCCCUGGCUGAUAUUUUCUUUCUCUCCUCGACAGAUACCAUCACAAAGACAUCAUUAAGACCCCGCGACUUGGUGGACGGGCAAUUAGAAUCCAUCGGACGUGACACCACCGAUUGCCUGACAAGCGUAUGAUGGCCACUGAGUCACAAGAGCAGCGGUCCGAUGAAGCUACUCUGACUUCCGUACCCGAGCCAACCAUCAAGAUCGAUACCGACUCGCAAAAUGUCGACGUCAACCGACCGCACGUAAACGGCGAGGCGCCUGUUUCAGGGGGAACGGAUGAACUUGAAAACAAGCACAUAUCCGACAUUAUUGACGACUUGGUGAACUCGACAGAAGUCAGUGUUAGUGGAGGAUCUGACAACGAGGCCACGAAAUCCGAUGCGUCUGCGAGCAAGGCCGAUGCCAAAGGGCACGGCCGUACCUCGUCGGCCGUCAAGAAGCCCGCAUCUUUUAAGGCGAUCAACGUCAAUAAGACAUUCCUCAACCCCAAAGGCGCCGCUCCCACCGCGCUGUCCAAGACGGCGGAGAAGGCGCCCGCCGCUCCCAGCUCAGCAUCGGCACCGUCUGGUGCUACAACAGCAGCCCGGCCCCGGUUGGUUGCGAAAACCGGAAGCGGUCUGAUUGCAAAAGCAUCUACUGGACCAAACGGUGGCAAAUCAGGUUCAGCCCCCGACGGAAACGCCGUCUGGAACAAGAAUCGACCCGCCCCUCCACCCGAACCCAAAAAGUAUACCGACGAAGAACUGAAGAAAUAUGGAAUUCACAUGGCUAGUCGACUCCAACCCGACGAAAGCAAGGGUCAGGCUAAUUGGGCUGACAUUGACGACGACGAUGACGACUGGGCGCCCGACACGAUCACUUGGAAGGACGGAACUAAGGUUUCCAUCACCCAUACUGACGAGCCGCAGCCCCCGCAGCCUCCACCGCCAGAGCCAGCCUCUCGCCAGCCUGCAAAGGAGACCACGCCAGCAGAGAAGGCCAAAUCGCCCGCGCCUGGUAGCUCACCUUCCGUCAAGCCCGGCGUUCUCGCAUCUGGGAAGGGUCUGGUUUUGAAGGGAGCGCCAGAGAAACCAACCUUGGUAGCCAAACCACCGGCUCCGCCGGCGCCGGCUAAGUCACCAUGGGCGCCCCUUCCGAAGGUUGAUAAAGUAUCUCCAAUCGCGGUGGAUGUGUCGAGUCAGCCUAGUGCCAAGUCCACGCCAAAGGAUGCCGCCGUCCCCAAAGUCAAUACCCCGCCUCCUCCUAAGGAAAUCGCAGCGGAUGAUUUCAGCCGAGCGCCGUGGAGGGAUGGCGCUCCAGCGGGCAACAGGGAGUUAUUCAACUCGCAAUCUGGCCGAUAUGAACCGGUUCCUGACCGGCGUGGAUCGCUACGCCCGGAACCGCAACAUGGCAGACAACCAGCGCUACUUCAACGGCCUCCUCAUCAUGAACAGCAAGGGCCGGUUGAGCCAAGCGGGGCAUUCCAGACGGGGAGGAGCAGCGAGCAGCAGGGAAUAUAUGGCCGACGCCGCGGGUCUUCCAACGUUAGCGGCGGAAGCGGCAGCUGGCAGAGGCUCAGAGGUCUUGAGCAUCCCCUGCCACCUCCUGAGCUCAUCAACGCCCGGCGUGGAUCGACGGCCGGAAGAAGCGACAGCCCCGCUUCGCCCAGGAAUUUCUCGCCAUCGGAUCUUCCGGGGGCGCCGCACCAAGGGCAAGGCUGGCAGCCCAGAGUGUCGCCAGGAACCGUCCAUACAACCCCGAAUCCUCAGGGCGCACAAGCGCCUAUGCCACCGCCGGCCCAUCAACCCAUAGCUGCACCCGUGACCGAGCAGGAUUAUGAACUUCAAAAGAAGCUGAUGCGGGAACGUCGGGAACUUGCCAUGAGACGCCGUCAGGAGGAGGAAGCGAGAGAAGAGGCGGCUAGAAGGGAGCGAAUUCGUUUGAAGCUGGAGGCACUGGGUCCUGCCCCCGAACCGAAGAGCGCCAAGGUCGCGUCAGCCAAGGACCCGAUUGCCACUCCAACGCAAAUCCAGUCUCGCGACAGUCUCGCGUCUCAGGAUCAGCCCCCUGAAGAGGCACACGGGCAAGAACAAGCCAAGGCACAGGAACAAACAAGCCAGACCUCUGGCUUGCCAGAAUCUUCCCGACGACCAGCAACGCUUACGAAUGGAGUUGAAAAGGAGUCCCUGCCGCCGCCUGAAGGUGCCGAAUCUCGUCAGCAACCGCCGGGAAGUAGCCAUGCGCACCCAUGGCCAACGGCGGCGAAAUCCGAUCGGUACCCGGCGUCUUCUUGGGGCCCUCAACCUUCGACAAAGAUUUGGGGCGCUCCAAAUAACAAUAACCGUAGUCUCGGCAACGGUACCUUCGUCUCGGAUAUAGGCACCUCGCAGCUUCCGCAGAUCGCCAACAAAUCCGGUCCCGGACCUAUCGCUCCACCCAACGGCAGUCGGUCCACAUCCGCUUCACAGUCAACCGUGGCUGUCCCUGCCGCGAGGCAGCCGCCGAUUGGACCCCCUAGACAACCACGGAGCGAUCAGUCAACUGGCGAUCGCGAUACGAAGGAAAACCCCUGGGCAGCUGCUGUACGUCGCAAUGACGAGAAGUUUUCGGAGAUGCUCAAUGCUCAAUACGAAGGGCGGGAUCGUCGACUAGAAGAAGAUCGUUCGCUGACAGACAUGCAGCCUGCCAUCAAAGAUACAUGGCUUCCAACGAAGCUCGACGAAAAGGGAAUACGCACAGAGGCAGCCGCGAAACAAACGGUCCAGAUUGGACAGGAGAAGUUGUGGACGGCAUCGGCCGAGUCGAAAUCGGCGACCUCGCAGCAACCGCCGUCUGCGCCCAGCGCUGCGGGGACCGAUUACAGUCAGCUCACACAGAGCACAGCUCCCCAUGAUAUCAGUUCAGCUUCAAUUCUGAGUGGAAAGGCGUCGGCUCCGCAGCAAGCCAGGGGCUCCCGUUUCUUCCCGUCUCGCGACGUCCGCCAGGAAGUUACAACGGAGGCACAGCGGCCCAAGUCUCCGUCGCCUCCUCCUCCGGAUAUGGCUGGGCAUCCGGCUUUUGAUGGGGAUGCUACCCACCCGCAUGUCUCGCUUCCUCGCCCACAACCGGUUGUCCGACUACCUCCAUCCGUAGCGAGAGAAUCACAGUCAAGUGCACCGGAUUCGCACAGUACUCGCGUGCCGCCCUCACGGCCUCGAGCGCCGAGCUUCAGUUGGGCAACGCAGGCGGCAUACAAGGAGCAAGACAAUGCUCCACGUGUGGCCGUCAAUAAACCGGACAAUGCCUGGCAAACCAGGAUUGACAAUCUGCUUAGUGGACGAAAGACACAUGUGCCUCUCAAGCCAGCAGGAAGCGAUUCGCGCUCCGCCCCGCGGAUCGCUGAGCCGCCCUUGCCCCUUCCCGCAGUGCUCCCUUCCGGAGGGGACGAGUCUAUAACCACAAAGGGGAUGGCAGAGGAGUGUUUUGAAGAGCAAGAGAUGGGCUCGGUUCCUCCGGUUCGUAUUCCAACCAUAAUCCCGGAAACGGCAUGGCAAAUUUGUCCGUCACCGCAGCCGCUACCGAAGAAGCUGUAUGCAGUUGUGUCGAGCGCGGAUCCCAUCACCUUCCCCGUUGACGUGUCCGGCGCCGGAACUGUCUGGCAUGUAUCUCUCCCCGGCAGCGAAAGCAAGAGGAUCAUCAUCCCAUUCGGUCGGACCCGCAGCAACCCACGCCGCGGAGGGCAGCGUGGUAGCCGGCAUCCUACGGGGCCGCCGCAUCGGCAAGGCAAGGGUCGCGACGCAUCAACCUCAUACCCGGGUGAUCAGGGCUCGGGCGGCUCGGGGUCGAACCCCAGCAGAAAUCACCGGGGCAGCUACCGAGGCCGUGAUAACUGGCCCCGAAACACCACUGCGAAGAUUCAAACUUGAUGUUACUCUCGCUUCACAAGGCGUUGAGUUCGACGUAAGAUAUAAAGAGGGAUCCUCGUCUACCUAAACAUGGCACACGUUCUGUGCACCGCACCUACUAUCGACCCGAGACUAUGCAUGGCCACAACAAGGCCCGUACGAGUACCCGGAUAACCUCGUAUUGUUGAUCUACUCUAUAUCCAAGGCUGCUGCUCGCAAAGCCAGCGGCAGUGUACUUGUUUUUUGGCUGGUU